AUGGCAGAAGAACUAACAGUAUGGCUUCGAAACGCUCUCCAGUCGUCCCUGGACGGGUACGCCCUCGCUAUCGGUGCCACAAGCCGAGGUAACGCAAGUAACCCCGUCCCAGAUGACCCGGGCAAAGCACCACAAUUCCGGAAGCUUGCCGAAGCAGUGCUGCACGGGAGGAAAGUUGUGAGCACGUAUAACUUCGUGUUGCUCGGAGUGUUGUUGCUUUUCACGCUAUGGCACUGGGGCGAGAAGCUGGUGUUGCGCAAGAUAUGGAGAGAUGCCCGGAAGAGCACGAAGCGAGACAAGAGCGCCGAUGAAACUUGGUCCAGUUCGAGCAGUACUAUCGAGGGCACUGCGACCCCUCCAGAUGCUUCGAGGAACAAGGUCGAUGGUGUUGACGAGACGAGCCCCCUUCUUUCGACAAGGCCGUCGAGACGAAGAUCCACAGGAUUGUGGAAGCCAUACCACCUCCUAAAAGCGUUCUUGCAGUAUCAGCCUCCUGCUGUACCGAUCAUCAACAAGGCAUUGCCUACCAACGCUGUGUCGCUUCUUGUCUUCGCAUUCGCAGCGCUUAACUUCUGUUACAACUUCUACGACAUGACUCCCGAGCUAAUGUACAUCUUUUCUUUCGCGGACCGAUGCGGGCUCAUCUUCUCCGCUAACCUUCCACUGCUUUAUCUCCUAGCUGCGAAAAACCAGCCGCUGAAGUUCUUGACGGGAUACUCGUAUGAGAGUUUGAACAUCUUCCACCGGAGGGUGGGAGAGCUAUUGUGCCUUGAGGCUUUUAUGCAUCUUGCGGGCAUGUUCAUCUUUUGGUUCUUCGCUCUCCGCAAAGUCGGCUUCACCCUGGCCCGCUUCAUCCUCAACAAACUCGUCAUCCUGGGCAUCCUAGCUUUCCUGUCCUACCAAAUUCUCUACUUCACCUCCCUCGGCUCAUUCCGCAAGCGCAUGUACGAGGUCUUCCUAGCGCUUCAUAUCUUCUUUCAGGUUGCGGGAUUGGCAUUCCUUUGGUUCCAUUUUCACACCGCGAGGCCUUACGUUGGGGCUUCCGUCGUCAUCUUCCUCAUCGAUCGUGUUGUGUUUAGGCUAUGGCUGAAGGCGACUACACGCCCAGCAACCCUGACCAUCCUCGAGGACGGCGAAACAGUUCUCAUAGCCGCAAACUGGCACACCUCGACUCGGCAAUCUGCGCUUAUGCCGAAGAGCAUGAAGCACGGCUGGAAACCGAACGACCAUGUUUUCAUCACUGUCCCAGUGCUGUCGCGAAAACACGCACUACAAGCGCAUCCCUUCACUAUCUUUUCCGCCGCACCAAACAUUCAUACGAACGAGGACGGCGCACACGCGUGGUUCUCUCUCCUCAUCCGCGCGCAAGGCAACGGAGGCUUCACGCGCCAACUCCUCAACUACGCUCGGUCUCAUAGAAGUGCUAACAUCCGCCUCGACGGGCCGUACGGGUGUAGCCACGCCCUCAACAUGCUACGCGCUUCGAACACCGCUGUGGUGAUAGCAGGUGGGUCUGGUAUUGCAGUUGCAUAUCCUUUACUCUAUGCGCUGUUGUGCCCCACUACCUCCCCUUCCGCCGAUAUCGAAAGCGGAAGCAAAAGCAGGACAGUCAAACUCCUCUGGAUCACGCACGAAGCUUCGCACCACUCUUGGAUUCCCGAAAAUAAGUGGGAAGAGCUGGUGGAGUGGGGACUGGAAGCGCAUACUCCAGCUGCGACGGCGGUGGCUGGUCGUCCAGACGUCCGUUCGUCACUUCGAAGCAUGAUAGACGGUGGUAGGACGGGCGUGGUGGUCAGUGGGCCGGAUGGGCUCGUACGAGACGUAAGAAAUACGAUAGCUGGAUUGUUAUGCACUGGUAAGGAUGUGAAGCUGCAAGUUGAGAAGUUCGGAUGGUAG